UCCACUGGGAGACCACGACAGUGACCUUUUCUUUCCGUGCAAUGAAAGUACCAUUGCCCAUAUCCUUCUACUCUCGCCUAUCCAUGGUUCUCCAUCAAGAAAAGUUCCACUUGCACACCAUGCCGUCCAACGAACCACUCACGAUGUGAACCUCAUUAUACGAUCAUGGCCUGUCCGUGUGCUCAGAAUCGGAAGCGACCACGCUCGAAAUACUGGAGGAUGUUGGUUCAAGCACACCAUCUGAGUCACGGACGAUUCUCUUACUCGAACUCCUGCACUUGUGCAUUUGCAUUCUCGCAAUCUUCGUACUAACUCAGAAAAUGGCGAUGUUGCGCGCCGUUGGUCAACCACAGUCAUAUUCGUACCUCUUUCUUCCAGUAGUAAAGCCUAACAUCGGUUGUGUUGGUGAGCAAAAUGCUGUUUCUCCUUUCACCCUCGUUUCUUUCUGGGCACCGAUUUCUUUUUCACUGGCCUUCCCUCCUUCCCAGCUAGACGUCCUUUCCGUUCUUCAAGUAUCUUCUGCACUCCCCUGUUCCAUCCCCACCAUUCUACCCUUAUAUCUUCCCAACCUCUCCUUCACGAUACAUCCACACUUGUUCAUCUGGCUGAGCUGUACAUGCAUUCAUUUUUCCUUCACAUGGGACGCUCCAAGCAUAACCAACGACGCCUCUGGUCCAGCUCGGCAGUGCGGCAUAAUAUUGCUGAACCUCGUUCCAGCUAUCGUCAUUCAUUUAGUUCAACCACCACCGCUCUUUCUACCGGUUGAUGGGUGCAUCUUCCGUAUGCCAUCCUGUUUCUCUUUGAAUUUACCCUCCAACCCUCGGCAUUCCGACCACUGUCGCUCUUUCUACCAUAUCGUUUCGUUUCUUUCCCCCUCUGUUCUUAUCACGGCAUUUCAACAUCUCGUCUUCCAAGCUUCAACGCCUCCCCACACGUUCCUAUAUUAUACCCCUGACAUAUGAAGCACCUCCAUACUAUCGAGCAACAUAGCUUGGUCGCAGUUCAUUGUUGGAUUUCGACUUUGUCUCCCCAAUCCUUGGCCCCGACACAUGGUCGCCCUGGAAGAAUAUGCGGCCCAGAUUGUCUCGGCGCUCUAUACCUAUCUCUCCAUCCUUUCAUCAUUGCAUCACCCCUUAGGCCCUCUCAGCGCCCCCUCUGAUUAUUAUCCUUCUGUUAGCUUGGAGUGCAGUUGACGAGUUAUGGCUUGU